CGUUUGUCAAUCUUCUUUCCGACACACAUGCAACUUGAUCUUUAUACUAUUCAGCAACCCGUCCAUUAGUAAAGACGCUAAAUCAUCGAAUGAUUUUGUUACGUUGGCACACAACCGCAUUGCAUAUGAACUCGACUUCCACCACCAUCUCCUAGUCAAGCAUAAAAUCGUACGAUUCGGAAACUACAGACAAGGCAUAGCUCUCUCAUAAUUACGCUGCUCAACCAGAGCCAUCCUGCCUCCUCGGAUGCAAAGAUGGCUCCAAAUGGCGACGGCACAUGUGAGGGAACCUGCUCAUCUCCUGUGUACAUCUCAUCUAAUCCCUCCGUCACAGACUCUGCGAUGCAGACGUCCCCUCUGGACCAGUCUCGGGCGCAGGUCCAGUCCGUCACCAAGUUGUCGACAAGUCCGCACAGCUGCUCAUUUAGCAACCGCCCAAUCGCCUCUCGACGAAACGCGGAGCAUCGUUUCCAAUGCUGGCGAAGGUAGCCAAGAUGUAAAUCGGAGUUGGCGGAAGUCAGCAAUCUGGUACAGAGUGCGAGAUCAUGAGAUAGAAAAGCCACUUCGCGAUCUUAGCUAUUACUCGCGUCUACCGCAUUUUCCGAAGCCAGAGAGCUAUGGCGAUUUGGCUAAGGAAAUCUUCGAUUGUCCACCUCGCGCAGAGGUCAUGUCUGCUGUGACUGCAUCACUAAAAUCUCGACAUAUCCUGAGCGAGUGGAAAGAGUUGUCGAGGCGGCCGGAACGGAUUAUUUGGCGCCACAACUUCCUAAUUCAAAUUGGCAAGGACAAGGUGCAGGUUGUUGGUGAAGGCAUUACUCCAGACGCAGCUUAUGCUGCUGCAUUCCUGAGCCUCGUUUACCGACUACAUGUGCUUGGCAUGUUAAAGGAUGUGUUUGGAAAGGGUGUCUCCAAGGAGGUUUUGGAUGUUCAGAAGCAUGAAUUUGAGUGGAACCCUUCCGAUGUUGCUGCCAAGCUGCACAUCCACAACUUCGCUGCACGAUAUCUUCGCACACCGCAAGUCAUAUUCGAGGAUCACCACAGUGGGACUAUCAAGGCCACAGUUGCUAUACCGGAUACGACUUAUAUUGCGAGCGCAUGUGCAGGAGAUCGCAGGGAAGCUGAAUUCCUUGCUUAUGCAGCGCUGAAGCACGUGAUUCAGGUCGAUCUUGGUCGAGACGGUCAUUGGAUCGACUUGCAAGAUAAUGCUUAUGUCAAUCUUGACAAUUCGUCGAGCAUUUUGGACCUCUACAAGCUCAAAGAACGAUACGGGCAUUAUCAGAGAUUGGACGAGUGUGUUCCUGGUCCACGAUCUUCGACUUGGACAGCCUCUCGUCUAUAUUGGGACAACAGACCCAUCUCAGAGUUUCAUGAAAUGCCCACUCGCAGGGAUGCCAUGAAAUUGGCUGCUCUUGAGGCUGCGGUUCGGCUUGUUCGACGCCAGCCUGCUUUGUUUGAUGAAUUCCUGGUCAUGUCAAAGCAGAAUGCAGGAUUUAUUCCUAAACGUGUAUCACCCACCUUUGCUUCCCUUAAUCCCGCCGUUGUCAACGCAUUAUCUGAAUGCGUCGAAGCUGCAGAUGACAUGGAUCUGGCAUCGUUCCAGCUGUCAAAAUACACCCCUGGCUACAAACCAGUCAUAGGUCGUCGAAGAGGACGAGUAAAGGCUACAGCGGGAGACCGAUACCACAGUAUCGCGCAAUCACUGGCGGCAAGAAGUGAUGAGCUAAGGCUGCAACAAGAAUGGGAUCGAGAAAAUCCGGAGUUCGCUGAAAAACUCGCCGCUCGAGCCCGCUUACCUAUUUACCAGCACAAGGCUCAAAUCAUUGCUAUGGUGAAGAAUCAUGAUCAGUGCAUCAUUGUUGGAUCAACAGGUAGUGGAAAGAGCACACAAGUUCCCCAAAUCAUCCUUGAUGAUGCAAUUGCUGAAGGUCGAGGAGCAUUAUGCAACAUAAUGUGCGUCCAACCUCGUCGGCUGGCAUGCGUUGCUUUAGCCUUGACCGUUUGCAAUGAGAGAGAAAGAGAGUUGGGUGACGUCGUUGGAUACCGCAUUGGCGGAGACUACUUCAACUACAGUAAAAGAGGCGGAAGUAUUACGUACUGCACAACGGAGCUCCUCGCGAACGAAUUGGAAAGAACGGAAGAUGAGUUGCCUCACAACUUGUCUCACAUCAUCAUUGAUGAGAUUCACGAGCGUUCCGUUCACCUUGAUCGCCUUCUAUCAACCAUCAAGAUGACAUUUUCGAAACGCUUAGCUAUGGGUCUGCGGGUGCCGAAACUUAUACUCAUGAGCGCAACGGUUGAGAGCGAUCUUUUCGAACGGUAUUUUGAAAUGAUUAGCCAAGACGGUACAAUAAUUCGGCCUCCCUAUCUGAAUGUACCUGGUCAUAUGUUCAAAACAGAGACAAAGUUCUUGGAAUCUUAUGCUCACCAUCUUCCUCCGGAGAUAUACCAAGCCGUGCAGCGGAUGGAUUUGCACCAGAGUCCUGUGGAUAAAUCACACAGCUUCUUGGAACCUGUCGUCGAAAAACCGAAACAGGUUGUUCAGUGGGACAGCUUGUUUCAACAAAGCAAUGGAAAGCUUGCCAACGAUGACAAUAUUCUUGCAGUCGCCGCAGCUAUUGUUCAUAUUGUGGAAACGACUCGUGGUGGCGCUAUCCUGGCGUUCGUCCCAGGUGCACAGGAAAUUCGGCGAGUUCAUCGCAUCCUUCUCGACACCAAACGCGUAAAUUUCUCCGAUAAAAACCGCUUUGAGAUUCUCAUGCUUCACCGUUCAAAUCCAGCCCAUCUGGUUGCCGCCUUGGACACGGUUCCGAAGGGAGUCAGACGCAUCAUGAUUGCAACUAAUAUAGCAGAAUCGUCCAUCACAUUUCCCGACGUCGAAUUUGUGGUCGACAGUGGCCUACAGCGAAAUGUCAGCGAUUCGGUUUUUGGAGAUAUGCAAAUGCUUCGAGACGAACGUAUCAGCAGAUCCAGUGUUCUUCAGCGAGCAGGCAGGGCCGGAAGAACCAAGCCAGGACAAUAUUACAGUGCUCUUACAACAGAGGAAAUGCAAUCAUUGGACGUGCUUCCAAAUUCAGAAGACAUGGACAGACAUCGAUUGGAAGGCCUGUAUCUCCGAGCAAAAAUUCAUUUCCCUGCGGUUUCAGUACAAGAAUACUUCAGCAGCUAUCUGAAGCCUAUACCGUCAACGAAAGUUCAGGCAGCUGAAAGCUACCUUCAUAAUAUUGGGGCACUUGACGCAUCGGGAGACGUCUCGCUGAUUGGCUACUUUCUCUACCGGACAACGCUUGCCCCGUGCUUUGCUCGCGUGGUCAUGCUUGGCAUCCUCUUCCGCUGUCUUGAUCGGGCAGUUGUGCUCGCGAACUUAAUGGCUCUUAGAUCGUAUCUCUUUGGGGACAGUCGAUUUGACAGCAAAUCGCCUUCUGAAAGGAGAGCGACUGCUGAACAAUACGCGGGAAACAUGGAAGGCGAUCUAAUUGCACAAGUUCGAGCAUAUGAAGAGUAUACGGCGAUUCAACGUACAGAUACAAGCGCCGUACGUGAAUGGGCUGAGCAGCGACAACUGGUUGUUGAAUACUUUGACCAGCUUCAGGUCCGCGUUGACGCCACGCGAGAUGUCCUUCGCAAGGCGGGUUUUUACACUCAUAGAUGGGGUCACGACAUCAAUGCAUCAGCCAACAACGUCACAUUACUCAAACUGUUGAUUUGUGCCGGCUCUUACCCAAAUGUUGCCAUUCAUCAACGAGGACCAAACUUUGUCACACAUGAAUCCCUUGUCGUAAAGCCAGCGCCCGCUUCUGUGGCCUUGCCGGGCGACUACACGAAACGAGAGACUUACGAUAGCAUUCAUGAAGGUCUUACGGGCGCUAUUUUCUGCUACAAAGACGUCUUUGUAGGCAGGCGAGGUGCCAACAAGUAUUACAUUGCAAAUCUCACGCCCAUAUCUCCGCUCAUGCUUGCGCUGUUCAGCAGCAACGUCAAGCCAGCACCCCAGAAGCACAACCAACUCAUAAUUGAUAAUUUCAUUCCACUAAAGUUUGCGGGAGAUGCAAGCGCGUCGCGCAUCUUUUUGGAUUUCAAGAAAGUAUUUGAUACUGCGCUGUUGGCCGGUAUGCAAAAUAUCUGUGAGAUAUGGCCAACGGAUCGGCGCAAAGUCCUGCUCACUGAUCUGUCUGAUGUAAUUCUGACAGCAGUGCAAGAGCUACUCGAGUACGAGGAGGGACAGGCAAGACGCAGGGCACGAGACGUUGGGCGAUUCUCCCUCGGGCCCGAGAAAGAAGCUUGGGGUGACGACGUCGCUUCUGAAGAGAUGAAGAAGACACCUGGAGUCCCAUCUCAGGUCUCUCGACUGCAUAAUCACCUAUACGAUAGGACAGCUCUCGAUUCCAGGGGCUUUGGAGCCAAUGCGGCAAAGGCUACAGUGACUUGGCGCCCUGAUGCAUUUGAUGAUGAAGAUAUUGAGGAUUUUACCGAAUUAGAGGGUGAUUUAGACCACCGAUAGACGUUUUCUGCGCCGUCCAGCCCAUUGCAUACUGUACCAAAUGUCAUCCUAUCUUGUACAAAUACUGCCGACGCGAGAGAAAAAUUCUUGUACAAUUAGACGACAACGAAAUUUUAUUCUACUCCUGACCCUUGCUUCAAAGCUAAGUCGAAAUCAUUGAUUAGGAUGCGUG